AUGCAACCUUUCAUCCAGAAAAGAUCCAGAUUUACAAUAGGGAAGAGCACAUGUGAGAGAGAAAGGAAGACACGUCAGUACAGGAAGACUCGCAACCCUGAAUGCUUUCAGAGCAAUAAUGAAAUUGUCAGAUAUUAUGGGUAUCUCUGUGAGGAAUAUGAACUUACAACAGAAGACGGAUACAUUCUUGGUGUUUUCAGAAUUCCAGCUGGAAGGAAUAGCCAAAAUACAGGGAAGAAGCUUGCAAUCUUGUUAUACCAUGGUAUUUUAGCAGACUCUACUUUCUGGAUUUCUAACCUGCCUAUCAACAGCCGAGGCUUCAUCCUUGCAGAUGCUAGCUAUGAUGUCUGGAUGGGAAAGAGCUGAGGAAACACAUGGUCUUUAAAACACAAGGCCCUUAAGUCCUGCCAGAAAGAGUUUUGGCAGUUCAGCUUUGAUGAAAUGGGUAGUUAUGAUAUUUCAGCAGAGCUGUACUUCAUCAUGAAUAAAACUGGACAGAAGGAAGUAUACUAUCCUGGUCAUUCUGAAGACACCACUGCACUCAACUCUUCUUCUGUGCUUGCAGGCUUCAUAGCAUUUUCUACUUAUCCUGAGUUGUCUCAGAAGAUUAAAGUAUUCUUUGCUUUGGCACCAGUAGCCACGAUCACACAUGCUACCAGUGCUCUUGUAAUGCUUGCAGAUCUUCCCCAGCCACCGAUCAAAUUUCUGCUUGGCUGCAAAGGAACUCUUCACCAGAAUGAAAUGCAAGGGCCUCUAACAGUGAUCUGUAGUUCUCUGGGAAAAGUUUGUGGCAGUAUCUUCUGCCACAUAGCUGGGGGCAGGACACAAAAUCUGAACACAGUCCAAGAAAAGCAUAAA